AUGCUUGAGGUGCACUCUGCCUCUGCCUGGGGCAUAGUGCACGAUAAGGAGAGCUUCAAUGCAAUGAAGCUGACUUUGCAUGCUAGGGCGUCUCCCCAGUUGACAAUUGGCGGGUUCGCCCUUUCUUUUUUCAUUAAUCCACAUGCAUUUCCUGGUUUCUUCGAGUUUGCGGAGUUUUUGGAGUUGACAAUUGGCGGGUUCGCCCUUUCGUUUUUCAUUAAUCCACAUGCAUUUCCUGGUUUCUUCGAGUUUGCGGAGUUUUUGGAGGUCUGUGUGGGCGUUUCUGCACACACUGUAGUGGAUCCAGCGGAGUUUGUCAACCUUUCUGCUGCGCAGAUUCUUGAUUUGCAAUUUUCAAUUAGAUGGUUGCUGGUCAAGAAUAUUUUCAAGGGAGGGAAACCUAAAAACAACCACCUCUCAUGCUUCUCCUAUGGGAUCUCCUAUGUGAUUUCCGCUAGUAAAUCUUCAUUCGGUAACUCCUCCUUCUCCUCUGGUAACAACUCUUCCUCUUCCUCUAGUAACUACUCAUCCGGUAACUCAUCAUUCGGUAAAUCCUCCUCCUCUUCCGGUAACUCCUUCUUCGGUAACUCCUCCUCCUCAUCUGGUAAUUACUCAUCCGCCUAUGGUAACUCCUCCUCUGAUAACUCAUCAUUCGGUAAAUCCUCCUCCUCUUCCGGUAACUCCUCCUCCUCAUCUGGUAAUUACUCAUCCGCCUAUGGUAACUCCUCCUCUGAUAACUCAUCAUUCGGUAACUCCGGCUCCCUCUCUUCCUCCUCCUCCUCUUCCUCCGGCGCCUUUUAUCGUCCCGUUUUCAUAUUAUUAGACCAAACUAUGGACCCAAGUGGCCCCUUCAUUUGGUAA